AUGCUCUCGCAUAUCGUUGAGUAUGAAUGCCAAUAUACUGAUCAACUUUACAAGAAACGUAAAGUCUGGCACGAUGGGAGAUUGAAGUAUUUUCAGAUAAACAACAGAUUCAUGCUAUAUACAGAAAAGGAUAACGUUUUGUUAGCUAGUGAGUUCAAGAUAAAUUCAAAAGAGCUGAAGGCGAUUUUAAAUCCAGAAGGUUUCGAUAUUGAAGAACAUAGGAUUUUUAGUCAGUUUUUGGUGAUUAUUUCAAAUAUUAUUGAAGAGUACGAUAGAGAUAUUCAAGUAGCAGCAUCACACGUUAGAACAGAUCCUAUGAAUCUAUCGGUACAAAAACAACGGCCUCUUAUCUCAGAUAGUGCACCUAGUAUGAAUCAUAUUUCAACUGCGAGAGAAAUUCAUUCAAAUACAAAAGUCACAACUUCUAAACAUAGGCAAAAGGAGGAUAGUAAUACCGAAGGAGGAUUCAACAUUAGCAAGCUUACUUUGAAGGUCAAUAAGCCUUUCAAGAAGCCCAAAAGAAUAUUAAGCACUGAUGUGGUAAAUGAACUAAAUAGACCGAGUAUAAGGAAUCAAAGGAUCCAAGAAACAACACCACAACUGCACGCGGCAAAUACUGGUAAAAUAGCGCACACAGUCCCAAAAGUGGUGCAGGAUAAUAGUAUUGCACAAUAUGAACAUAUCACAAUUACUGAAGAAUUUAAAGUCAAAGAUGAUCCCGACCAAGAAAGAGAAAUGGCAGAAGUAUCCAAGAGUGGUAUUAAGAGGGUGGGCAGGAUAAGAAAAAUUGUUCAUAAGCCCCUCAGCAUUUGA